AUGGAUUUGGACUUAGAGUGUUCCGACUCUGAUGAAGAAUAUUUUGUUGCUUCAGAAUAUUUAGCGAAUCAGAGACAACCACGAGAGUUCAAAGAACGGAAGUUUUCUGAAGAAGUGUCUGAUCUUGUCUACCGUCACCAAAACCGAGUUCCACGGGCUGUGAUUGAUUAUCUCGAGUUGAGACUAUCUAAUAUUCUUCAGCAUCAAACAAAAAGGAAUCAUCCACUUUCACCACGAGAACAGAUUUUGCUGUUUUCUCAGUUCUUGGGAACAUCAGCUUUUUACCACCUUUUACGAGAUGCCCGUGGUGUUGAUACCAAAACCAUCCACUCAACAGUCCAUCGAGUUGCCAAUUCCAUCCAGUCACUCAAAAAUAAAGUGAUUAAAUGGCCUGAUGACUGCUCAAGACUUGUUGAUGAAUUUUUUAAACUGGGUGGCUUUCCAUGUGUUGCAGGUGCAAUCGAUGGAACAUUGGUUCAAGUGAUGCCACCUAAAAUUGAUGAAGCAUUAUUUGUCGACCGUUACCAGAAUCAUGCCAUCAGCAUUUUGGCUGUUGCCGGCCCCAACAUGGCAUUCUACUAUGUGAACACCAACAAUCCUAGUCGUUGCCAUGACAGCCGCAUUGUAAAAGAAAGUAAGCUAUGGGAGUCGUGGGAAACAAAUGGCCUAAGGCCAUUUCAAGGUGCUGUUAAUCUUGGUAACUCUGGUUAUUCUUUGCGAGAUUGGCUAAUCACGCCGUACCGUAACUCCAGAUCAGGCAAAAGCACAAUUAAACCAGGCUCACAGCAGCACUAAAAAUGUUUUUGAAAGAAGCUUCGGUGUUCUAAAAAAAAGAUUUCAUUCACUUUCGACAGGGUUCCGUCUGAAAAACAUGAGAGAUCUACCAAAGUUUGUCAUGGCUGCUUGCAUUUUGCACAACCUGGCAAUCUCUUUUGGUGACACCUGCGAAUUUGAUGAAGAUGAAGAAGUGCAGUUUCAACCAGAUAUUACCGAACUAGAGGAUGAACCUGUUAAUAGCACUCUUAGUGAUAGAUUUCUCCAUUCUUCUCAAGAUACUAAAUCUGUUUCUGAAAAGUAAAAUUUUAAUUAAA